UUUGCAUCAGGCGUUCGUGUCAACGAAUGCGCAGACUCGACUUUUUAAUAAAAUAUGAAUUCGAAAAUAGAACCGUUUCCUUUUUUAGAAUUAGACAACGCGGUUAAAUUUGACAAUAAUUAAUGUGUGUGUAUAUUGUGAAAAUGAUUCGAAAUUCAUUUGUUUUUUUGUGUAAAAUUUAACUGUUCUCUUUUUAAAUAAUUAUUAUGUUAUUACGUUAGUGUAUUUCUGUGGGAGAUAUUUUUAUAGUAAAAGAAUGUCAUCGAACGCGUUGAAGGUAGACAACUGGUCACACUGCACUACACCGCCUGAUAGACAACCACCACAGCUGGUCUCCGUCAAAGUUGGAUGUUUUCAUAUAAACCCUGCGUCCAUACAAGGUCGAAGGAUAUUUCUGCUGCAAAUGGUGGUGCUAUGCUUCGUGCCUCAUGCAGCGCUCAUAAUCCAGAACUGCUCAAUAAUGGCUCAACUGUCGCAGACCUUCGACGCUUCAUUAUUUUUAAACACAGAGGUAAAUACGACGCUGUCACUGGGUGAGAUGGUGCUCGCUGUUCAAGACGAACGGAUUUUCGUUACGAGACAUUUGUUCUCAGAUUCCCGAGCGAGGGAUUUUUUUAAUGAGACAGUACUACAAGGGAUGUUUUUAAUAACGGAUCGCUGGCUAGACGACGAGUCUACGUAUCACGUCCCGAACUCGCUCAAGAUAGCAUUAUACCAUUUUAGAGAGGAUAUUUUGAGCAUAUCAAAUCUGAAGAAGGAGGACCUGUUCAAAAGGAUAUCAAUAUAUCAACAAAUAAAUGCUAUGUUACUCGUUUAUCUCGUGAAAUACGCGAGGACCACAAAUUCAGCAGUAUGGAGACAGUUGUCAGCAACUUAUGAACUCGUGCAAACAAUGGAUGAAUUAUCUAUUGCUUUCACUAUGGUCACGUUUUCAACACCUGAAAACCUGGAACGGAUCCAAAAAGCGCAGAACCACCUGGCCGUUGCGCUGGAACACCUGCAAUCGACUGUCCAAUACUUGGAAGUCGAGAGGAUCAAUACGACUGAACUUGAGGAAAUUUUAAUUUUUUACAAAACAUCAACGCUGCUACUUUGGAACGAAACGAAUAUAGCGACAGGCGCGUGGCACUACACGUCGUACAACUUUACAGAGAAAACCUACAAUUUCCUAGACAAUUUAAGAGAAAUUCACAACAACUUGUGGAUUGUAGUUCGGGAAUCCGCUGCGACGGAAAUAUGGAACGCACGACGUACUCUAGUGCUGGGCGUGAGCGUACUUUUGGUUGUGCUGUUCGCAGCACCCGUGCUCGUUGUGCUACUGCAGCACACUCUUACCACUAUACAGAUAUUCACAGAAUCCAUAGAGCUGAGUACACAACAGCUGAUGGCUGAGAAACAAAAAAGUGACAUGUUGCUGUCGAGGAUGUUGCCGAUGCCGGUGCUGAGGAGGCUGCGAGCUCAGAGGACGGUUCCGGCGGAGGCUUUCGACGCUGUCACCAUCUACUUCAGCGACAUCGUCGGCUUCACCAAUAUAUCUGCAAACAGCACGCCCAUGGAGAUCAUCAAUAUGUUAAACAUGCUGUACAGAAUGUUCGAUGAUACAAUAAUGCAUUACAAUGUAUACAAAGUGGAGACGAUAGGAGAUGCGUAUAUGGUCGUAUCUGGACUACCUCAACGGAACGGCAAUCGCCACGCGUCCGAGAUAGCGGAUAUGUCUCUGGCGUUGAUGCGCAGCGUGCAGGGCGCGUGCGUGCCGCACCGACCACUUGAGACGCUACGAGUGCGCGCUGGAGUCAACACCGGCCCUUGCGUCGCCGGCGUCGUGGGCGCUACCAUGCCACGAUACUGUCUCUUCGGUGACACAAUCAACACCGCUAGUAGGAUGGAGAGCACGGGGGAACCAAUGAAAAUACAUAUAUCACAUACGACGAAGACGGCUUUGGAUAUAAUCGGAAAUUACAUGGUGGAGUCACGGGGAAUGGUCGAUGUCGCGGGCAAAGGCUUGAUGGAAACCUUCUGGCUUCUCGGGAAAGUCGGGCAAGUCCAGAUGGAGAGUCCACGCUGUCGUUUGCAGGACUACGACCAGAAUGUUCUAGAACUACUUAUUAAAUAGUUAUAUUUUGUUGUUGAUUGAUAAAUUAUUGAAUAAAGUAUUCCGUUUUGUUUUU